AUGUCUCUGUUCAGCAAAUUUUAGAAUCUCUUUCAUUCUAAAUCAACUGUUAAUAUCAAUUAAAGUGAAUAAAACAAGUUCUAAGAGAUUUUAAACUAGAUUGUUGGUCCUUAUGUUCAAUUUGAUUUAAAAUAAAUGACAAAAUAAAUGGCUCAAUAGUUGACCAAAAAUGACAGUAUUAUAAUUAUAUAUACUUAGGUAAUAUUGAUAUUCUUUUUAAUUAUCUAUCAGAGUACAAGGGAAUAACAGGAAGUACCGCUUUAAUUCAACUACUUGCAAUAAUCCAUUAGAUGUUCCAUUGUGCUGAUAUAUCUUAAGAAGUAUCAAUAAAACUGAGGGAUUGUCGAAUAAAAAAAAUAGAACAACAUUACUCAGACAAUCUAGUUACAGAACCUGAUCUGAUGACUCGUAUGAAGCACGAUUAAUUCUACACUGAAAUGAACGUUAGCGAGGAAUUAAACAUUUCAUAAUUUACUUAAGCAUAUUUUAGUUAUCUUUAACGUCUAGCUGCUAAUAUCGAUCUUUAUAGAGCAGCUUGUCGUAAUUCAUAUCCAUAUUUAAAUGAUAAAGAUCAUAUAGAACCUAAAUUGAUGUUUUUAUGGCAUUAUAAAAUGCAAAAUCUAGUUAAUAAUGCUACUAUUCUUUUAAAAUCUGAAAUUCAAAUAUCUGAAAUACAGAAAUAUAUCUACUUUGAUGUGUGGAGAUUUCAGAGUUUCAUAUGUUAUGAAAUAGAAAAGGUAAUUGACAAAUAUGUAACAUUACCUAAUUCAGACGCUCUUAGUCUAUUUGAAAUUUAUAGUGAAUCAAAAAGACAUUAUGAUCUAUUAUUGAAGUUUAAAGAUUCAGCAAAGAGACUUAAACGUAUUUUAAAUUUAAACUUUAGUAUAAACACCAGUUUAAUGUGAAAUAGAUAAUAUUGAAUUAUAAGAGUUCCUUAAUUUCAUAUCUAGAUUAAAAGUGUUAAAUUAGAUGGUAUUCAAGAAAUCUUUAAAGGUUCCUAAUAAAUAGAAUCCUUGUAUGGGAAUUCCUUAAAAAAAUCCACAAGUUAAAAUAGUUUUAUUUUAGUUAUUACAUUUAAGAUCUUCUUCUGGAAAACAUAGGAAUGAUUAAGAAAGAUUGAAUAGUGAAGAAAGUGUGGAAGAAAAAGAUAGAGUAAUUGAUGAAAGUGAAAGUAAGAAAAAAAUAAAAAAAAUUCAUAUACGUGGUUAGAGUACAUUCUAAUUUAAUUGA